CCAGUACCUCUGGUUUGUCGACACAUCAUACUGUUCCAGCUGGCACACUGACGCUAAGUGCAUCACCUACCCGAAGAUUAUCACAUACCAUUACAGAACUCGUUACCGGUUCAUCCUUUAACCAUAGCAAAGAACAACAGCAUCCUCCUCCACAGAUGAACAAGAUAUCGAUUGAUUUCGAAGGAGGUUCGACUAUUAUCAUCCGACCUAACCGCAUCAUUCGAGGUUUUGUCAAAUUAAAGGUAGUUAAACCCAUUCAAGCCAGUCGAAUUCGCAUCAGGUUUCGUGCUGAGGAAAUUGCUACUGUGAAAGUACGGGAAUUCGGAUUGGAAAAUAAAAUUGAACGCAUUGACCAGGUGACAACCACUUAUUUUGAUGUAGAAACAAAAGUGUGGGGAAAUGAACCAAGCGCUUUUCAGUUGAGUACUUGGGAGAUCAUAGAGCCUGGUGAACAUCAAUUCCCUUUCGCACUAAAGUUUCCAAACGUUAAUUUUCCACCUUCUAUCGACGAUCCUGUGGGGUUCUCUAUUCAUUAUAUUUGGUCAGCUCACAUUGAUGGACCAGGGUUCUACCCAGGCGUUCGCUCAAAAGAAUACAUUAUGCCUUAUCGACCGAUUAUUUGUGCCCCUCCGACAAAAGAAUGGGAAUUCAGCCAAGUGAUCCAACCAUUGGACAGCCACAAAAAGGCACCGUUGGCGAAUGUGCGUGUGGUGCUGUCUCGAUAUGCUUACUGCCCAGAUGAGGAUGUGGAGCUGGAUUUGUAUAUCGAUUGCAUCCCUGACAACCUGAUUGUUGCUGCUGCCAGUUUCACUUUUCAAAAAUGCUGUAUGGGCCAAAUCCAACUUCAACGCGGUCUCGCUCGUAAAUCGAAAACACGCAAAAUAUCCAGCCAUCAUCCACUGGCCGUCACAGGCAACGCUGGCUCGCUCAAGAUUCCUGUCAGCUUCCGACUGCCCACCAGGCUUGUGUCACCGUCUUUUCAAUCGCGUCAUAUUUGCGUCUUUUACGAGAUUGUCUUUACUGUGCAGUUCCAGCGCGCCAGCACGGGGUCGACGCAUUCCAGCGUCAGCAGUUUAUUGCUGUCUUCGGCUUCCUCUUCGUCCGCUUCUUCGGCAUCGCCCAAAGGAGAGUUCUCUGUCCCUAUCGGCAUCACCAAUCUUCCGCAUCAUCAUUUACUGCAUAUACCCAAUUUAACACUCGUGCAAUCCUAUCAAUCUUCCAAAGAAGCGCCCGUCUUUUUUGACCCCGAAUUAGAGGAGCCUGUUGAACCAUGGAGGAUGAUGGCAGCAGCAGCAACAGCAGCAGCGGCGACGGCGACGACGACAGGGACGACGACGAUGAUGCAAGGGAGCAGUAGUGGGCUAGCGUGGGAUCCAUACCAUGGUGGCAGUAGUGGUGGUGGCGGUCCUUUACCGAGCGUCGCGUCGUUAGGGACAACACCUUUGACUUCACCGCCCAAUUACUUUAGUAUCACCAACCAGCCGCCUUCUCCUCCUUAUGCUGCACGAGAAAGACAAGAAAGAGUGGUGUUUACCAGUCGCUUGAUCAAACCAGGCAUGGCCCUCGAGCUGGGCGAACCUGUUACCCUUGUUUCUGAAAACAAAAGUUACGAAUGGUGACAAAUAGAGCGGGUGUGUUUUAUUCAUUGUUGUACUAUUUAUUGUAUAGAAAGGUUCUAUUUAUAUCUGCUUUUAUCCAUCCUGCUGAAGGAAGGAAACACACUAAACUUUAUCACUUGGCGAGUAGUCUCGGUUGGGUUUUAAAAAAAAUAAUACGAUGCAUGCCUAACCCUUCAUGGAACAAAGAAUUGAGGUACACACUUGGUCCAUUUUUCAUUUUUAAAGAAAUCAUGCCUCUGAGUUUUAAAACCCCCCUUUUCCGCACCCCCCAACUGAUUGAAUGAGAG